ACAUUUUAACAACAUUAUUCGCAUUGUGUUCGCAUUGUUGCAUUUCGCAUUGUAAUCAAUUUCCAUGUCACAAACUAGCAAUAUUGAUAAAACUUCAAGAAAUUGCUAAUCGUUAAAUUUCAAACACGUGAAAAAAAUAUCCUGGAUAAUUGUUGAAUUGUUUGAGUAACAAUGUUAAUCUUCGACGAAAAUUUAGAAAUUAGUCAUUUGCCAGCAGAUGUUUAUAAGGAACUUAUGAAUGAACUUGAUAAAGAUUCAGGUUGGCGUUGUCUGGGGCAACUUGUUUGCAGAGAACUUGGAUGCAUUGAAAAUGAAAAUUCGUGGAUUCAAGCAUUGGAACAAAAUUCAUCUUCUAAAAGUCCAUCGCCCUCAGAAAAAGUGCUCUUUGAAUUACAAACAAAAAUGUGUACGGUUGGAAUCCUAAGUUUUUUACUUGAACGUUGCGAUUUGUUGAAAGCAUUAUCAGUUUUGUCUUCUCCAGAACCACUAGUAAUUUUAAGACAACCGAAUUUAAAAUCAGAUAAAGCUGAAGUCGUUUUCGGUCAAGAACUAAAGUUGACUUGCAAAGCUGUUGGAAUGCCUCCGCCGAAAUACUUGUGGUACCACGAAAAUAGUCCUAUUAUCGAUCAGACCACCGAGGAAUUGAACAUUGAAAUAACAAAGGUGAAUCAACAAGGCAAUUACAAAUGUAAAAUAUAUCAAAAUAAUAGAGAUGGAUCUUUCAUAAGUGAACUAUUUACAGAAUCAGUAUCUGUAACAAUGAUGGCAACAGCUGUCGUAAUCGAGGAACAGCCACAACCAACUUUAUAUGUUAAGGAAGGAGAAAAAUUAAGCUUAAGUUGUAAAGCAAAUUCUCAUCCACUUCCUAGAUUUCAAUGGUACAGAGAUAAUACAAAACUGGAGAAACAAACUUCACAAAUUCUUUGUAUAAACACAUUUAAUAGCAGAGACGAGGGGAAAUAUUACUGUCAUGUUUUUAACGAUGUUAGUGAAGCUUAUUCACAAAAAAGUUACGUGAUGGUGGAUCUUCCAAGGCAAAAAGCAGUUGCAAAAAUUGCAUUGCUGAUCGCAAACCAAGAUUAUCAGCACCAGACAAAAUUAACUACACCUAAAGCAGACGUAGCUCGAAUUGCUCAUAGUUUAGAGGAGAUUGGAUUCAUAGUAAUAUGUUUACUAAAUCAGACUCUAGUCGAGAUGAGAAAGGCUAUAAGUGUUUUUAGCGAGGCUUUAUUGGAAGGCGUAUAUGGCUUAUUUUACUUCGGUGGGCAUGGAUUUAAGAUGCAAGAAAGUUAUAUGCUUCCUAUAGAUGCGCCAGAAGUUUAUUUGAGGAAUGAUGCCAUAUGCGAGAGUCAAUUAUUGUCUGUUAUUAUGAAAAAUGAUCCUGCCCUCUUCGUCACAAUUUUGGAUGUGUGUCAGACUGUGCCUUCUAAGGAAGUUAAUCCUGUGAUUCACAAAGAAGUUCCUUCAGUGAAUGAAUACAAAGGAGGGAAAAAUUUAAGGAAUUUAAUCCAAGCUUAUUCGACUUCUAGUCAUCGUCCCAGUUAUGAACGAAGUGGCAAAGAGUGUGGAGUAUAUGCGAAACAUCUUUCUAAAUUUAUUGACAGGGAUAUCCCAAUCAACAAAGUCUUUGAAGAAGUUGGAAAAUCUGUCGACACAUGGGUAAAAGGAACAGCACGAAAUCAGAUCCCGAUGGUUUCGUCAACAAUUACGAAACCCUUUCGCCUCACGGAUUCAAUUUUAAGCGGAAAACCCCCUAAAGCUGUCAGAAAUAUCAAUGGCAUGAUAGAAUUUCCAGAGAAAAUUGUAAAUAUAAGUUUUGAGCAAUGUGAAAUCAAGGGUUCGGUUUUGGUUUCGCGAUUCACGGCACCUUACUUGAAUGUUGUGAAGAUUCGUUUACUCAAUGCGGAGGAUUAUGCUGUCAAUUUUUAUAAUUCGGUCCCUUCAGAGAGAAAUGAUUUAUAUCAGAAUCCUAACAAAAAGGAAUGUUGGAUCCACAGUCCUCAAUUGAGUAAAGGACCACUAGUAAUUUGUCUUCUGAAGAAUGGAGUUCCAGUCGGUGCAACUUUAUUUGAUGUCAUGGAUUUUAUUCCUGCUUUUUUACAUCGAUUGAAAUAAUGAACACAUCUGUCGAAAAAUGGAUUUUUGAAUAUACGGGCUGUUUUUUAUAAUUUGAUAAUUUUGAGAAUUUUUAUGUUAAUUGUUAUUAAUCAAUAUUUUAUUGAAACAUAAUUAUAAAAUAAGCAGUUCUACAAAACAAUAACACCAAUUGUGUUGUUUAAUAUAUUAAAUAUAUGCGUAUAAAUAAUAAUUCGACUGUUGGACUUUAGUUGGUCGAAUUUUUGAAACUAAUCUAAGUUGAAAUCAAAUUUUUCUAUUCGAUCUUAUUUUGUAUUUUCUGAACUUAAAUAUAUGGGGCCAUCCAUAAACUACGUUAUUAAUCGAGAAGGGUGGGGGGCUUGUGCCAAAAACUAGAGUUUCUGAUGAUAAAUUUUAACAAAGUGUGCAAGUUUCCUGAAAGAUGUCCAUGCAACCGUACAGUUCAACAACAGGUUGAUAAGUUUUAAAUCACUUUCAAAUUUCAGACGUCACACUCUUUUCUCUAUUCCCGUCUUUUCACCCUUUAAAAAAGAAUUCUCCUAUUUACCCUGAUUACAAGAAACCUCCACUUAAAUGCGAAUUGAAUUAAUAGAACCCAAUAAAAAAAUUCAACUUUUUUUUUUUUAAUUUUGUUGAAUUUAUUUUUUGAAGCUAAUUUUUUUGGUUUAAAAAUC